CCCCAUGUCAUCCUGAUGGCCUGCCUUGACGUCACGUCCUCAGGACGUGAAGACACCAAGAUGACCAGAAAUGGAUUUAUGUCUUUGCAUUUCAAGCGCUCCCGCAACGUGAAGAGAGGAAGAAAGACAUCUUACUGAGAAAAACUGGCUUCACAAAAGAGACUGAAUUCCAGCUUUAAAGGCUGCUUAGACACGACCGCAGCAGAAAUGGGCCUCCAGCACACCAAACACUCCACAGUCAAACAAGCCAAUAUACCGAUGUUAGGACUUGAUUCUGCUGGGAAAUCUACGCUGUUGUACAAGUUCAAGUCUAACGAUGUUUUUCUAACAGUUCCAACAAUUGGCUUUAAUGUUGAUAUGAUUGAAACUGGGAAGGAUAUUACAUUGACAUUUUGGGAUGUUGGAGGACAACAGAAAAUGAGACAGGCUUGGUGCAAUUUCCUGGAAAAUGCAGAUGGACUGCUGUAUGUUGUGGACAGCUCUGAUAAGCAACAUCUGGAAGAAUCAAAGAAAGAAUUUGAACUCAUUUUAAAGAAUGAAUUUCUAAAACGGGUACCAGUCAUCAUGCUAGCUAACAAGCAGGAUUUGCCUGGGGCUUUGAACGCUGAGGAAAUAACGAGGAGAUUCAACAUGAAGAAGUACUGCAGUGACAGGAAUUGGUAUGUGCAGCCCUGUUGUGCCAUCACAGGAGAAGGUCUGUCUGAAGCAUUCCAAAGGCUAACUGUAUUUGUAAAACACUACAGCAGAUUAAAGGAGACUUCUGCCAUCUCGAAGGAAAGCAAAACACUGUAAGAAUUUCUAUAAUCAAAUUAGGAUCUGGUGAAUGUCAAUCAAUGUAUUUUGUUGGACAGACUAAAUCUGAAAAUACUGGAUUCUGGAGAACUCUUAGAAGUAAAUAUUUAGAAAGAACUACAACAAUAUUAAAUUCUACUGUUAUACCCACAGAUGCUUCUGAGAUACUACUCGCUGCAUUUUAUCAGUGAUAGUAUACUCAAGUUAUUCAGUUGAGAAGUGUGGCUGUUGAAUGAUGAAAAAGGUGGAGCUGAACUUCUGAAUUUUAGCAUGUGGAAACAAAAUGGGUGACCAGUGCUUAGAAUGCUUAAAUCAAGUAAUUUUCUCAAGAUGUAAAAUAGCCAAGUCAUGCUAUGAUAAAUCAUGGGGUUUAAUAAAUGCUCUGUGGAUGUAUUUCUCAUGUAAAAAUGUAGUCAUUUUAGAUCUUAAACUCUUUGUUUCCUACAAAUAAACCUAUGAAUCUGAAAUAGUUGUGAGAUAUUGCAUUCUAGAACCAAUUGCUCCAAACAGGUUUUAACAGGAUCUGCUCCUUGUCGAGUCACAGACCACAAUGAGGCACAGUGCUGUCUGUAAGGUGGAGGUUGAUGUCCCUCUAUUGCAGGUUUCUGUGUACCGAUUUCUUUGUUUCUGCACCGUUGCAUUGCU